AUGAAAAUCUUGUCAGAAGAGCAAACACCAAAACUCAAGAUCUCAUUACAGCAAAAAAACAUGUUUUCUCACCGUAGUUUAGCAUUGUAUGGCGGUCAUGAAGACGAAGUCAACUGUUUAGUCUUUUCAUGUGAUUUCGAAAUUCUUCUUACAGGCUCAAUACAAGGAUAUAUUCGAAUAUGGAAUACAGUUUAUCAUCGUUUGACAUUGAAAAUUCAACAACGUGCAGGUCGUAUUCGAGCUAUAACAAUAUCUAAUGGCGACAAAUAUUUUGCCACAAGUGCAAAUGACACUGAUGUCCGACUGUAUGAAACACGGACUGGAGGUUUAGUGCAUUUACUCAGUGGGCAUCAGUAUCCAUCGGAUUGUGUACAAUUUUCAUCUAAUAGUCGUUUGGUUGCGAGUGGUUCCUGGGAUUGUCGAACAAUACUAUGGAGUGUAACGACAGGAGAACAAAUGUAUAAUUUUGAUAAUCAUACGAACGCAGUACAAUCAAUUGCAUUCCAUUCUUAUAAGAAUAUCAUGAUAACCGGUUCUCAUGAUCACAAUAUUUUUCUAUAUGAUUUUGAUAAGUUACCAUCGUCAACACCAGUUAAGCUUCAAGGGCAUUCCAACAACGUUCAAGGAUUAGCCUUUUCUUCCCUGCCAUAUUUCGCAUCUGCUGGAUGGGACAAAUCGAUUAUUAUUUGGCAUCUAGAAACGUAUCGUAUACAUUCUCGUCUAUAUGGCCACACAGGAUGGAUUCAUGCAGUAGUUUUUCGCGACGAUUCUGGUUCAGUACUGGCCAGUAUUGAUGAUGAUACGGUCCGUGUAUGGAAUAUUCUUACCAGUAUUUGUUCAUAUCGCUUGAAAAUUCUCAGUGAUGUAUCUUGUUUUGUUCGGUUUCUCCCAAAUAAUCGAGGUAUCCUAAUUGGUAGUGCAAUCUAUGAAGUUCUCUUCGAUCAACAAGUAUCGUCUCAUACGCGUAGCAAGACAAAACGUGUCUGCGAACCGUCUACUGGUAUCACUAAACUGACCGCAUCACCGACUGACAAUGCGUUAAAAAUUAAACUCACGAUUGAUUAUCGCGAUGCACAGAAAUUCUAUUUAAAUCAACAAUUAACUUGUCAGAAACGUUUGAAUCAAACUGAGCAAAAACCGAAGAUAAUUCUUUUCUGGACAAAAAUAUUUACCACGCCGAUCAACGAACGCUAUGUCAAUAAUUAUUUAUUUACAUCAUCAGGACGUUGUGCUACAGAUCGAUGUCUCGUUACCACCAAUCGACAACAAUUGUGCGCAAGCGAUGCAGUGAUCUUCCAUGCACGCGGGCCCAUACAUAUGCACGAUAUGCCUAAAGUACGUUCAGCUCAUCAACGAUAUGUUUUGUUAACCAAAGAGCCACCCUAUAAAACCACUGCUAUUGUUGGACAUUUGGAUUAUUUUUUCAAUUGGACAGCGACAUAUCGUGCAGAUUCGGACAUUAGCUAUAGAUAUUUUCAAUGGCGUCGAAAAUCAGAACCCGAUAAAAACGUCAAUAAGCAAUCUUAUCUGAACAAUCGACAAGCUCGUGCUACAUUGAUGAUUAGCAACUGUUAUUCUCAAAGCAAUCGUGAAGAGUAUCUAGAACGUUUGGAAACAAUCAUACCUUUAACUCGAAUGGGAUAUUGUUCCAGGAACAAAUGUCCUCGAUCAAGAGAUUCUUGUUUAAAAGAAUUAGCCGUUGCACAUCCGUUUUAUCUUGCGUUUGAGAACUCUCUAUGUCGGGAUUAUGUUACCGAAAAAUACGCAAAUGUGAUCGCGAUUAGUCAAAUGAUACCUGUGAUCUUUUCCCACGCUCCAAAUCUCUACAUUCCUGGUUCAUACAUCAAUGCCAAUCAAUUCUCUUCUCCCGAAGAAUUGGGCCGAUUUCUUAUCUAUCUGGUCUCCAAUGCAACGGCAUAUGAUAGUUAUUUCGCAUGGAAACGAGAGUAUGAACUUGUCAUACCUGAUGAAAAUGACUAUCUAUGCGAAUUAUGUCGCAAAUUGAAUAAUUCUACUGAACCCUAUAAGAUAUAUAGUAGUAUGAAACAAUGGUUGUACACUGAUGCAACGUGUCAACGAUGGGUAUCGAAAUUGAAUAGAACAAUUGAUGUGUCCGUCGAUGAAACGAUGGACUAUGAAGAACCGUGGUUUUAA